AUGUCCCCCGUCGUUCGCGAUGCUAUCAUAACUUGCGACGCGUUAGAGAUGCGUUACUUAUGGGUCGAUGCGCUCUGUAUUUUGCAGGGUAAGGCUGAUAUAGCGGACUGGGAGGUGGAAAGCCAGAAGAUGAACGACAUCUUUCGCAACGCCUACGUUACGCUUUGCCCCUCGUCGUCGAACGGCUGUCGAGAAGGCUUUCUUGGUCAACGCAAACUUCACCCUGGAAUCCGUGUCAAGACGCCAAUAACCUCAAAUGCCGUAUUCCAGAACGAGAGUCGAGAAUAUUCCAUCAUCCCAUACGACGUCAAGGCGAUCACACCCUCUUUCAUGUUCACCUUUGAGUUCACAGACUCCAAGUGGUACAGCCGCGCGUGGGUAUGGCAGGAAGUCAACUUCUCCGCUAGACUGGUCAUCUUCGGCCCGACGUUUGUCUUCUUUCGGUGUCCGGAGAUUCUGAUCUGCGAGAACGGCGCAAGAAAUGAUACGGCAGUUAUCCAGAAAGGACUGAAUGAGUACCAUAGUAAGCGAUACCAAGAUGCACAGCCAUUUGCGUUCUUCAGAACGUGCGUGGAAAGCAUCUCGACCAUGGAUAUCAGCUUUGAAUCAGAUCGCUUAGCUGCAGUGGCAGGUGUUGCCAAGCAGGUUUCUCAAGCGACGGGUAGUCAAUAUGCUGCAGGCCUAUGGGUCGAUGACAUCUUCAAAGAUCUAAUAUUUGAGAGAAAUACUCGUGACAAGGGGGGGCUUGAGAAGUACGUUGAGUCGCUGCGGGAUAGGCACCUGGCCAUAGGGCCUACAUGGUCGUGGCCUGGGCACAGAGGUGGAGUCUCUUGGGAUUCGAACUUCUCGUCCGUGAAUCGUGAGACUUUAGAGUUUGAUGGUGGAGACUGGGAGUACGAGUGCGAAUACCUCGACAUCACCACUGACAAAGUUGGCGACAACUUGUUUGGCCAAGUAACCCGCGGCACUUUAGCUGUGACAACAAAAGUGACAUCUUUGAAAGAAGUCGCAGCACACCACGAGGGAGACGACGAUGAGCUGAUGAAGGAAAUGUUGUUUACGCCGGAGUAUAGCAGCCAGAUUGCCUGCGGUAUCAAAUGGAACUGGGACGUUGAUGUCACGGAAACGCCGAGGCUUCUCGCUGAUAAGAUUCUGGUCAUAGCAUUCUCUACUUGUUUGUAUGAGCUACGCAGUGAGAUUGAAAACCUGUACGGAUUGAUGGUGUAUCCGGCGGAGAAGGAGGGCGAAUAUUACAGAAUAGGCUCCUUUGAAGCACAAAGUUCGGCUGAUGACGAUGAGGAGAAGGAUACUGGGUAUCUCAUAGCACAAAAGUGGGAAGAGAAAGAAAUUGCCAUCAUUUAG